GGUUCGAAUGGAUACAACAGCGCAAUAGCUGCCCCUAACCCAACACCAACAACAACGCAAUAGCUCGCAGGACAGGAGGAAGGAGGAGUAUUUAAGAGUGUGUUGUUGGAGAGAGGUGUCACAGGAGAGCCUGUGAUGGGUGUCAGCGUGUGUCGUCCUUACCACUACGUCUUGGUCACCGCGAGAAGCGAGGCAUCGCGGGACUAGUAUUGUGACAAUGCUGUCUCCAGAUGUUCCUGAAUUUAUACCCAGAGGAAUUCAUACAUCAGCUGCAAAUAUUGGUUCAGACAGUUUAAAAAAUGUAACAUGUAUACCUGCAAGAGAUUUGGUGUAUCCCCGGCAAAAUCCAAAUUAUGUACAUAAUGUUCCACAACAGCACCCCAGAUCACAGCCAAAUCAUACACAUGAUGGAUAUGGCAAUUGGAGGCAAGCAUCCACAAAUGCCUCACCAAGGGAAAGAGGUGAAGCAUUUGGAAGGCCCAAACUUCACAGAUAUGGGAAUGCUGUUAGACAUAACAGUGUUGAGGAAUUCAACCCAGAGGCUAGCAGUGACUAUCCCUCUCACAGAGCCAGUAAUUGGAGGCAAAGUUGGUGGUCCAAUGAUAGUUCGCCUGAUAAAAGUACAAAAAGCAUGAGCAGAAACAAAAAAUAUAAUAAUUUUUCUGCAGAAAAUCAACCUGAAACAAGUCAACAAAAACAUAACAUAAGGAAAGGAAGAGGUGGAUCACAAGGAAGGCAGAGCAAUGAUCACAGCACAGAAAACAAUCUUAGACUUAUGAUGCAGGUAGAAAAACAUUCUAUUCAUGUGCCACUUACUACAAGCUACAAAGGUAAUAUAAGCUAUGGGAAAGUACUGAAAGGUAGUAGUAAUGUCUUGCAGGAGUCAAAAUCAGAGACUCGCUCUGGUGUAGGUCUGCUUCAAGAUGACCAAUGGCCCUCACUCGGUGAUACUCGUUCUGAAGUCAUUCCUCGGAUCAAGAGAGAUUUUCACUUGAGUAAUUCCCCAAAUCAGAGUAACAAUUUGUCAUUGAAAAAGAGUGACAUUUUGGUCAAAACUAAUUUAACUGAAAAUGCAUGGCAUGUUAAAGUGAUCAGUAACACUGCUCAGAAAAAUAUUGAAGAUAAAGUUUUGGAAAGAGAGGUGUGUAAAAAUGUGUUGCUAGAUACCCAUUCUAGUAAAAACCAAGAUAUUAAAGGUUUUAAUGAAUUCAGUGAUUCAAAGGCUGUGCACCACAACCAAAAUGAGCCCAAUUCAAAAAUCAAGAAUGAAUGGCGUUUUUCUGCCGAGGCAAAUAUUUUGCCUGAGAAGACAGAAUAUGACACAGGAAGAAAGGAUGCCCUUGAUAGUUCUGCAAAUCCAGAUGAUUAUAAUAUAGGUAAUGACCUUAAUCCAAAAGCUGGAACGACGGAUCCUUUUCAGUGGCAGGUCAAGGGAGAGAGGAAAAAGCCAACUAAGAAUAAAGACUCGCAUGAUCAGGCCGAUAGGUUAACAAUGCCAGUGAAAAAAAUCGUCCACAAAGAUGAUAGCAAAAGAGGGAAUGGUUCCAAGCCAUGUAAUACAGGACCUAGUGUUAGAAAAAGGAUAUUGAAAGAAGAAUCUGAAAAGUACAAAAAUAAAAAUGUAAAAGACUCUUCUCACAUAAAUAAAUUUAGUACAAAUAAAAUUUACAAAAGAAAAGAAAACAACGAGAGUAAAGAAACUGUGACCAAUUUAGAUGAGGCAGCGAGACAAGUUACUCAUGAGAAAACCGGCAAUAAAGAAAACCAUGGACAGGUUCUAAAGGAUGGUUGCGGUGCAGUUGCCUCUGCUUCAAGGCAUUGUGAUGCAAAUGAAAUUGCAAUUUCCACAGAAAAUGCAAAAGAUUCUAUUUUACAGGAUCAAAAAAAGCCACUUGAUGAACACACCAUGCAAAAAAUUUUAGAAUUGAGGAAAAGGCGAAAGGAAGAAAAGAUGAGGAAAAAGGAACAGAAACUUAAGAAAGCUCGUGACCUAAUGACAUCAGAUUCAAAAGUAAGAGUCAUUACAAAGGAUUUUUUGGAGGCAACCCUUGCUGGUAAUAACAGUAAUAAGCGAUCUGCAAAAUUAUCUGUUUCCCAUAGUCCAGACUUGAAAUUAUCUAGCGAAGAGUAUCCAACUUUAUCUUUCAAGAGUGCUAUCACUCCAAGAACAGUAUCUGACAAAGGUUCACAUAAAAUAUCCACAGCUGAACGCAUAACACGAAUAGAUGCCUUGUCUGAAUCUGAACACAGUAGUAGUAGUGUUAAAGUAGAUUCACGUAUAUUGACACAGCCCAGUGGGGUGUUGCAAGUGGUAAACAGUGAGCAGAAUGAUUGUACAUCACCAGCAGAUACUCCUAGUUACAGCGGAGCACUUUUGGCCCCCAAAAGGGUUGCAAAUUUAAAAGUACCUUCUCAAGAAGUGGGAGAAAAAGAUGUUUCAGAGGUCAGUUAUACUGCCCUUCAGAAGAAAAAGGUAAAGACCAAGGACCUCAUUGAAUUAGACAUAAUGGCUGCUGCUUUGCAGUCAAAGAAAAAUAAAAGAAGAGAUAAACUUCGUACAGAACAGGAAGCGGCAAGACGUGCAAAUGCCUCAAAAUCAACAUCAUCAGAUAAGCACAUUGGCUCUCCUAGCAAAAAUGUACGUGGCACUACUGCACCAUCACACACUACUAAGGUGAAAGUAGCAGCACCUCUGAAACGUGGAAAGCAAAGGGAAGGCAAGCAGAAGAAGAAAAUAUCAUGCCUGAAGAAGUGUAUGAAGAGAGCUCGUCAGGCAGAGAUGGAAGCACUCUUAUCAAUACUUCAGGAAGCCAAGAAAGCUCAAGAAAGAUCAGCUUUUCCAGAUAAGCAAGAAAUUAGACCUCCACUUUCAUCUCUUGUAGAUUUAGAGGUGACAGUGGCAGGUACAGCGUCGUCAUGCCUAGAGACGAACAAGGAAUUGAGAAGAAUGGCUGCUGCAUUAGAUAUAGCUAGUGCUGGUGCAGCACCCACAAAUGAACUGAAAGGGGAUAAAGUAGGUACAGAAAAUGUCAGCAAGACUAUUGAUGAGGAAAAACAUAAUGACUUGAGAAAUACAGGUAUGUCCUCUGACUCGAGUUCUAAUGAGGAGAGCGACAAGAAACGUGCAAGUGUUGUAAUUGGUGCAUGUGAACGGUAUCAAGACAUCUUAGAUGGGAGAUCUGAGGCAGAAACACAAGGUGUUAUAAAGAAAAAUGAUGAAGUGAUUGGGGGAAAAGAAUUAGCUUUGGCAGGAAAGGAAAAAUCUGAUCCAACUCAUAUUGAAAGACUUGUAAAUAUGGCAGGAUCUUCAAUAACGGCAAAAAUUAUAAACAAUUUAGAGUUGGAGAAAGAUAACACAAGGCAAGAGAAAAUUGAAGCUAAGGAAAUGAUGCCUGCAGUUCAGAAUAUUCUUGGCAGCUGUAGUGAUCCAGAGAGAUCUAAAACCCUAUCUAUUUUUGCAGAGGAGUUAAGAGCCCUACAAAAUCCUAUUCAUAAGAAAAAAUUUAGAGAGUACUGUGACCAUGUCAUCACUGCAGAUGUAGAUAGGGUCACUCAAGAGCUGGUGGAAAGUUUAGUGAGAUUCCAGGAGCGUCACUAUCAGCGUGAUCCUUCUAAAGCUCGGAUUAGGAGAAGGUUUGUGUGUGGCCUUAAGGAGACGACCAAACUGAUGGGGAAAAUGUCGUGCAUUAUAGUGGCUCCUGAUAUUCAAAGAAGCAAAGGGCCAGGUGCCUUGGAUGAGGUAGUUGAGAAGAUGCUUGGCCAAGCACGUAGCCACGGUGUCCCAGUCAUAUUUGCUCUCUCCUGUAAACGUCUUGGUAAACUUUGCCUUAAGAAGGUCCCUGUGAGCUGUUUUGGUAUUAUCAAUUAUCAAGGUGCUCAGGACAGUUUCCAGGUAUUGAUGCAGUUGGUACCAGAAGCCAGGAAGCAGUAUCAGGAGUUAGUUGCAUGUGGUAAUCGUUGUGUACCAGUGGAUGAUGAGGAUUCUGGCAAAGAGGCUGAGCCAGCAAAAUUAGAUAUUAGAGACGAAGUAAUUGCUAAAACAUCAGCAAUUAUUUCUGUUACAGACGAAUAAAAUGUAAAUUUUAUUGUGGAUAGUAAGUUUUCUUAUGUUACAUAUAUUUAACUAUAUGCUUUGACUACCGCCCAUCCACUUGAGUUGGAUGAUAGUGCAACGGUCUCGCUUCAUGCAGGCCGGCAUUCAAUCCCUGACCAUCUAGGUGGUUGGGCACCAUUCCUUUUUAAACGGAAUGAAUGAUAAUUUGCUGUUCUCGAGUUACAAUGGUUUUUUAAUAUGAUCUGUAAAAUUCUCAAAAUAUAUAAUUUUUUGUUUAAUGGAAGAAACACAAAUGUUAUUAUGCAAAACAGUUAAAUGGCUAGCUGCCUGUAAGUUCAAGUCAGAGAACCAUGGCAGCUACACAUGUAUUUGUGUGUCUUUAUCUUGAAACAUGUAUGUGUUAGAGCAGUCCCUCAGUCUAGUAUGUAAAUGUUCCAAUGUAAAGUGUGUAAGUGAUGCAGAGGAUACCAAACUCGCCUGUGAAAAGGGCACACUAGUUAUUUCAUUAAAUAGAACUGACAUUGAGGAUAAUACAGCAUGUUAACAUUAUUUUGUACAGUAUGUACUUAGUAAGAAUUGUAGAUCAUUAUCAUACCAUAAUAACUUGAUUCAUUUAAGUUUCAUUAGUCUGAGUAUAUUACAUUCCUCCACUGAAGUACUGUAUAUGUACAAAUAUUUGCUGUAGUGAUUUUAGAUAUACACCAACCUCAAAUGUAAAUUGGAGAUUAGUAAACUUCUGUAAGUUGUAAAGAUGAAGUGAAUUUGAGUAAGAAUAAAGGGGUAAGGACAGUAAGUAGCAUCGCAACUGUCAUCCUUGGAGGGUAAACUGGUCGGUUUCAUAGUGAUCUUAUGAAUGGCCGAGUUUUGGUGGCUGAGCAGUGUUGAUGCAAGGUUAGCCUUGUAAUAAAAAUAUUGGUGUAUGUCGAGUGGGACUGAAGUUUUGAUUGUGCCAUAGUUUUAACUCUUAAUAUUGAGUUAAUUAUAUUUUCUUGUAUAAUUUUUGGGGUAAUGAUAUUUCUUUGGUUGGAUCAUAUUACUAAUGUUAUCUAAAAUUACAAUAACAUUAGUUUACUGUAUAUUAACGUUAAAUCACUGUUCUGUAAAAUAUAUAUAUAUAUAUAUAUAUGUAUAUAUAUAUAUAUAUAUAUAUAUAUAUAUAUAUAUAUAUAUAUAACUGUAUAAUAUAAUUUUUA